GUGCGAUGGGAGAUGGUGAGGCCACAGACAGAGAGAUAAGGACACAUAUCUGGAUGGCUGGAUGACCUCUCACCCCACACACACACGCGCCUCAUCAGGACACAAGCGCCAUGAUCCUUUUCUCUCGUGUGGAUGUGUGUGUGGGUGUGGGUGUCUACACAUUGCGCGACGCGACCGACACGGAUAAUGAUAGACACAGAGGCAGGCAGGCAGACCGACAGACAGACAGUGUGUGGCAGUGCCUGCCUGGCCAUUCUCCCUUUCUCAUACUCUACGCUUCACUCACAGAAAGAUAUGGAUUGAUUGCUUGGGUGGGUAUCUCGAACGAACACGAUUCACACACAUAGCCGACAGGUCUUCCUCGCUGUACUGCAACACACAAGUGCCUGCCGGGGAUGUGUGGGUGUCUGAGGGUUUGGCGAGACGCGACCGAAAGAGAUAAUGAUAGACAGACAGACAGCGGGUCGUUCAGGCUGCCUAGCUGCCUGGCCGCUCUCUCACUCCCUCUCUCUCAGUGUGUCCUUUGCUGUGGUGUGUGUGAAUUCGCCCGCUCGGAUGGACUGACUGUUGCUGUCCUCAUCUCCUCAAUUGCUCCUCAAUGCUUCCUUCCUCCCCUAAUCCCACUACUUCAAGAAGAGACAGGCCUCCUUGUCCUUUGCCUCCCUCCUUAAUUGUCCUCACUUGUCGUCUUGUUAACCGUCUCCUUCCUCAACUAAGUGUUCCAGUGUUGUCUCAUUCAUGUGUUGAUGGGCGUGGAUCUCUGGCGACACACUGUCUGGCUCUUCAGCUGCCCGUGUGCUGUGCUGUGCCAUGUGACGGGAGACGGCCACGGCGGCCGACAGAAAGACAAAGAUGGACAAAGGGAUGGACAAAGGGAUGGAUGGAUGGAUGGUCGGUGCUCAACCACACAAAUGCACACACACGGACGGAUGCCUCACUGCGACACAAGUGUCUGCUCCUUCUCAGUGUGUCUCCCAGACGUCCGUGUGUGGACUGGCCACAGAUGGAUGUGUGUGGGUGGGUGGGUAAGUGGGUGUGGGUGCCGAUGUCUUGGCGAGACGCGACCGACAACAGACAAGAUAGACAGAGAUAUUGUUAGGUGAGUCCGCCUGGCCAUUCUCCCUCUCUCUCUCUUUCUCUACUGUGUGUGUGUGGCCAUUCGUUCGAGUGGACUCAUCGCUGGACAGACAGACGUUCGGACGCAUGUACGUGUGAUUGCACCGAUGAUAUAUAUAACCAAUCACACAAAACACCCUGAAAAUGAUAGACUGGCGAAUUCACUCAUCAACCACCACUCAUCAUAUGCAGUCCCCAUCUCAUCAAUCAUGGCAUGCAGUGCAGGUCUCUCUCAGCUAGGUCAGAGCAGAGGAGAAGGGCGAAGACGACUCGAUGCCCUGGUCGCACAGGUACAUGACGAUGUCCCGCCGCGACUCGUCGGACAGCAGCAGCCGACCCAGCCGCCACCGACGCGCCACACACUUCACCCACUCUUGUGCACUCGGGGGCGCGCCCGCCAGAUGAACCAGACACUCGAAGGCACGGCCAGACACACACUCCUGCACAGCAUAGCAACCACAGCCAUAUCAUAUACGCAUGGACGCUUGUUUUGUGUGGGAGUGUGGCUGCGUACGCACGUACCUCUUUUAUGGCUUCGGCCAUGGCGUCUUCGGCUCCCUCCAUGAUGUCGUGCAUGCCCUCGACCAACGCGCACACCUCGGCACACGUCAUGCCGCGCAGACCACGGCCAGGGGGGAGCCCCUCCUCGCCAUCGGCCAGUGGCAUCAUAGUCACGGGCUGGUCGGCGAAUGCUGCUGUGUAGGGGUACAAGAACAGCUGCAGCACCGGGCCGAACAGACACGAAGGGGAUGGGGGUGGUGGGCCAUCGGCCUGGUGCUGCUGUUGCGGGUGGUGGGUCUUGCCGCGCCAAGCGGUGAGUGCCGCCAUGUCCGUGAGCUGAUGGACCAGGGAGGAGAGGGAGUAGCCGUGCUGCAGUUGACACACAACACACACAGUGACGGCGGACAUGCUCUCCUUUGCCCCGCCUCUCUGCUCUCGCAUACAUACCUGGAACAGCUCGUUGCCGAGGGCUCUCACAUGCUCGCACGGAUGGCGCUCCACCAGGGCCCGCAGGUCGGCACAGCCGAUCUCAUCGUACCCCAGCGCAUUCAUGUCGUCGUCAUCUUCCUCCUUGUUCACGACCACAUCAUCGGCCGCCCUUCUCUGCUGCCGCUCCUGUUGCUGGUGCUGCUGGUGAUGCUGCUGGGGGUGUUGGAUGCUGUGCCUCUCCCUCUUGGCGUGACGCCUCUGCUGCCCACCGGCCCCGUCGGUGCGCGGCCUCUUGCUGCUGCCGGUCUUGCCUCUUUUGCUGCGCGGCACCCGCCCCCCACUCGCCGCUUUCCUUUUCCUGACAGCCGGUGGUGGUGGAGACUCCACCUUGGCCUCCACAUCAGCACCCUCGGCAUCUGCAUGCUCCUCCUGCUUGACUGUCACGGGGGGAGGGGGAGGGGGAGGGGGAGAGGCCUCCUUGGCCGAUGCUGGUGGUGGUGGUGGUGGGGCUGGCUCGAGUGGGGCGGGUGGCGGUGGGGGUUGCGGCUCUAGUCGAUGUUUCUUGUGGUGAUGGUCGGUGGCCGGCGCGGGUGGGGAUGGCACGACGUGUGGCUGUUGGUAGUCGGGGUGGAGGAUGGUGGAGAGCUUCUUGCCAACGUGGGAAGUGGCGACGGCGCACUGAAGCAGCUCCUGACGCGACAUGGGCUCGUCACGACGGCCAUGGAACCUGAAACACACACACACGCACACACACACACACAUACACACACACAUUCUUCUCUUCUUCUCCUUCGUGGCUGGUGGUCGAUGUCCCUCUCACCCUAGGCCGAAAGGCUUGGCGCGUUCAUGCAGAGUGAUCUCCUGGUGAAGGUGCAGGUCGAUCGUGUACACCCUGAUGGCGUUGCCCGUGUCGCCAUGCGUCAACACAAUGAGAUGCGGGGCGUCACGUGCACUCGCACCAUCCACCACCACUUGCAUGCCGCCGAUCGGGGUCGAUGGUGGGACGCCAGUGGGCAGGGUUGCUUGGCAAUCCCUUUUGUGCCAAGUGCCGUCGGGCUGGUGCCACUCAUAGCGAAUUAUCUGCUCGUCAGUUGAGCAGGGCUGGCGAGUGCGGUAGUAGAGGUACCGGCGACUGGCGUGCUGCACACAGAGACAGAGAGAGAAGGAUGCUUGUGUUGUGUGCGGUGGUAGGUAAGGGUGCUCUGCUCGUCACCUGGUGGAAGUAGACAGCGAAGCUCGUUGCCGGCGCGUCGACCGUGUGAAUGACGUCAAGCCCCCCCUCGCCAACCCUGAAGCUCUCGAGCACGUCAGCCGAUAUCUUUCUGAUCUCGCUUCUGGCCCCCUCCCUGUGCUGCACCAGACACCAAAUGGCGCCCUCCCCACCGCCCUCCUCCACCCACCGCAGCUGCACCACCCGCCCCUCCCUGCUCGGCAUGAUGUCCAACCCGUCAGCACACGUGUCCUUCAACACGAUCCAUCUCGCCUGCCUCUCAGCGCGACAGAGGCGCUGCUCAAUCGGCCACGUCGGGAGGUCCGGCUCGAAAGCGGCGAGGGCCAGUGGGGCGAUGGGCGUGUCGACCAGCUGCUGGACGUACAGCAUCUUGGCUUGGAAACGCAGAUCGAUGACCCUGCCGUCGCGAGUUGUGCCGGUCUCGAGCGACGCUGAGAGGGUGUCUGCCUUGAAGGGCUGCCCCGGUAGCAGGGGCUUGAAUGAGGGGAUCUCUGGGUAGCGUGUGGCCUGUGUGAACGGGAGGCUGAUGAAGAUCUCGUCGUUGUUGACGAUGAGGUCGGUGGGCGUGGGGGUCACGGCGGGGUGGGGGGCCUUGUUGCGGCCGCCUCGGGGAAGGGCGAAGAAGGUCGACCCGCAGCACUUCCGGAUGAUGUAGGUGGGCAGGUUGGCCGCCUGGAUGACAGACAGAGAGAAAGAGAGAGUAUGUCAGACUAAUGACGGUCUGUCUGUCUGUCUGUCUCCUCUGGUCCCUUAUUCAUUGUUACCUCUGUGUUGUCGUCGUGGGAAUCAUCACCCUCAGCAGGAGCACCACCGGUGUGUGGCUCGAGUGCGCACAGGUAGAUCUCCUUGCUGUGGUAAUGCAGACCCACAAACACCACAUAACCCACCGGACCGCUGCUGGUCACGGUGCGUCGCUGCUGAUGGGUGUGGGAGUGGGUGUGGGUGUGGAUGGCCUUCUCGCGGCUCUCAUCAGCCGCCGCCUCAUGGACAGCCUGAUGUUCGCGCACACGCGACACAGAGGCACACAGGGAGGGAGGGAGGGAGGGAUGGUGCAACGUGGAGUGAGUGAUUCGUCUGAUCGCCAAGCGCACCUGUGGGGGCGCUGCUGCGUGCUGGUCAUAGUCUGUGACUGUGUCGUGCGGCUGCAUGGACUCAUCUUCACCACCACCACCACCAGCCUGUGUGAUGAUGGACACGCAUAGAAAGACGACAAGUGUGGCCACAGCAGCGGUGACUCCCUCCCUCCCCAGCGGCUAUCGCACCUGACUGUCUGGUGUUCCCUCCUCCUCCUCCUCCUUCUCCUGCUGCUGCUGCUGAUGCUGCUGUGCGUCAGCUUCUGUCGCCAUGACGACAUCCUUGCCACCCUCACGCACAGGGGGCACCACCUGACAUACACAAAUCAGAUGGAUGGAUGGAUGAAUCGACAUGUCAUCAAGACACCAAGCACCUGUGUAGGUGAGGUGCAUCCACCUACCUGGUCGUCGGGACAGGCGCUGUCGGUUUUCUCAGCCUCAGCAGCAUCAGCGGCAGCAGCAGCAGCAGAUGGGUCUCGGAAGAAGGCGCCAAUUCUCGCCCCCACGGACUCUGCCUCGACUUGGGCGAGCGGGGCCUGGCAGGGGAGGGGCACGAGGGGCAGCAGCUGAGCCAUCAACGAAGCGACCUGCUGCUCACUCUCCUCCUCCCUACCCUCCUCCUGAACACAACAAAACAGACACACCAGACAGUCACACAGACAGAUGGGAUGGGUGUUUGUCCUCACUCAUCUGCACCUGUGUCGCAUUCAUUGGCACAUCACCCGCCUGCUCACUCGCCGCCCUCUCCUCUGGUGGAUGUUGCGGCUCUCCAUCGGCAGGCGGCUCUCGCGCCGCUGCCGUCAUCUCCAUCGGCGCAGCAUCCCCUUGCUCACUCUCUGCCCUCUCGUGUGGCUCCGUCGGCUCACCAGCCGGCUGACCAGCUGCACCAUUGUUGUCUUCACUCGAGCCACGAGGCUGCUCCCCAUUUGCUUCCUCCUCUCCCAUCACGACGUCAUCCACAGCUGGUGGCAAUCGCUCAGCCGUCCUCGAAGGCAUGACGGCCGACGAGAGUGCUCCAAGCAGCGCCCUGGCGGUUCUCAUGAGGAGGGGCGGCGAGGGCAGGCCCAUCCCAGGUGUCACCUCGCCGCCAAAGCCAUUCUCCAGAGGUGGCAUCUCUUGCUCGGGUGACUGCGAGGGGGAGGGGGCAGAUUGAGGUUGAGGUUGGACGGUGCCCCCCAGGCGCUUCGCCACCUCCUGCAAUGCUUCCGUCGGGCCGAAUGCCUCCAGCCAUGGCGGGGAGCCGUCUGCCGUCUUGGGGUCAAAGAGCACGCAUCUGAACUGCUUGCAAAGCUCGUCACACAUCUCGGCUGACGGCCUGGCAGCCGCAUCCAGAGCGAUCCUCGUCGGCUCGCCGGCAGCAAGUGUGUGGACGAGCUCCACCGCCCUCUCGACAUUCCGCUCAGAGCUGCCGGCAAUCUCCAGUGCCGCGGGGUCUGUCAGUGAUGGUGUGAGGGUCGUCUUGGUGACCCGGUGGAUGAGCUCCCGACAGUUGGCGGCGAGGGCUCUCUCUCGCGCCGUGUCCGACCAGUCAGUCCCACUCAGGGACAGAGACCUCCUGGUCACUGCUGUAAUGUUGUUGGUGAGAGGGUGGAAGGGAGGGGACUGGGCGUUCAACUUGGCAUUGCGUCGCCACGGCGGUUGCUGUUGCUGUUGCUGCUGCUCCGAGUCCGCGCUGGUAGAUCUGCACGACAAACCACACCACACGAAAGCCACAGAGGAGUACCUGAAGUCAACGAAGGAAGGCGCUGUGCGGGGUACCUGUCGGCAGCAGCAUACGGAUCUGGCGGAAACCAGUCCUUCUCUUCAGCCAUGGUCCACUACAGUACCUUUCCG